AUGGGCUCAAAUUCAAUUACAGAGCUAGUUGAUGUUUCUGAAUCGUUUCGACGAAAAAAUACUUCAUUUUCAUCUUAUAUUUGUCUGUCCCCAUCUUCAUCACCCUCACAUACCCAUCGAUCACAUUCUUCUUCCAAUUCUUCAAGUAAAAAUUAUUUUAAUCAUGAUGACUAUUGGAGAGAAUUAUCACUUGAAGUCGCUUUGCCUCCAUUACCUUCAUCCGAUGACACCAAAUUUAGUUGCUACCUAGGAUUAUUUUCUUCAUCAUCCAACAAGGAUAAUAAAACAAAUAAUCAACAACGAAGACACUCAAUUUCUGUAACAGCUGCGAAUGAUACUGAUUCUUCUAGUGAUAGUAGUAGUUAUGAUGAUUUUCUUAGUGAUUAUAAUAGCGAUGGUGGCGAUGUGAAUGUAAAAAUUGUUGAUUUUCAAGGACGACGUGACAGUGGAUUUUUUGAGAAUGAUGAAGAGUAUUAUUAUCCAAUCAAUCACAAAAAUAUUUCAUAA